CACUAAGUCAAUGGAUGUCCCGUAUAAACCGCCGGAUCGAUACCACUAGAGGAUAUACAUGUCAUUUCAGCCAACAACGCCUCCCCUUAUCAGCUCACCUUCGUCAAGCAAUACAAGACAGUGCACCAUCAAUGGCGGCAACUUUUUCAAGCCAAAUAAAUGUGGGCUCGAUAUCGGCUCCACGAGCAAGCUUCUGUCAGAGAAAAGGAUUGGGUGCCACGUGCAAUGUAAUCAAAAUUCCCAAAAGGGUUGCUUUUCCGUCCAAUGCUUCUUCCUGCUCCAGUUUCUUCUCUGGUUCGCUUCGUUCGGUUCCUCUAACUUCAUCCAACAAGAAACCCAGUUUUCGUAGCGUGGUCCGUGCCAGUGCUGAGGAAGCGAGUUUACAAUCAAAAGUUACCAACAAAGUGUUUUUUGACAUAAGCAUUGGGAAUCCAGUUGGGAAGCUUGCUGGAAGAAUUGUGAUUGGAUUGUACGGUGAUGAUGUGCCACAGACGGCUGAGAACUUCCGUGCUUUAUGCACAGGAGAGAAGGGCUUCGGUUACAAAGGUUCUGCAUUUCAUCGUGUCAUCAAAGAUUUCAUGAUUCAAGGAGGCGACUUUGACAAAGGAAAUGGCACUGGAGGUAAAAGUAUAUAUGGUCGUACAUUUAAAGAUGAGAAUUUCAAAUUGGCACAUACUGGACCAGGAGUAGUUAGCAUGGCAAAUGCAGGCCCCAACACUAAUGGAAGUCAAUUUUUCAUUUGCACAGUGAAGACACCAUGGCUAGAUCAGAGGCAUGUUGUUUUUGGGCAAGUUUUGGAAGGCAUGGACAUUGUUAAGCUUAUCGAGUCGCAAGAGACUGACAGGGGAGAUCGUCCUAGAAAGAAAGUGGUCAUUAGCGACUGUGGUGAGCUUCCAAUGUCUGAAGUAUGAUGAGAUCAAUUCUAGUAUUUCUUUUGCCGCUGAUUUUAUAUAUGAGACUAGUUUAAACAGUUUAUUGGGCUUCUAUUGAAUGGAAUUUGGAGCCAUUUUUGAAAGUUCAGUAUGGUCCCUUGUAUUCAGUAGAUAGGCUUAAGUAUCCGGGAGUUGAAAGUGAUACUGGCAAACCUUUACCAGUCAGUCAAAGUGUUGAGAACUUGCGAUGUAUCAAUGGCUAUAAUUGGAGUUUGGUUCAUCCAGUGGACAUGGUGAAUCAGAUUUAUAAUGUUUGAUAUGGGUCUGAAAAAAAAUUCCAGCACAAAAUCAAUAAGUGACUGAUUUAUGAUUGCACUUUGUUAA